AUGGGUUCAAACUCAGCAGCAGUUUCUACAAUUGUGCAGAGCUGGAGAGAACACCCUCCUUCCUCAUAUUCUCUUAAGAUUCAAAACUUCUCACAGCUUGAGAAAUCGACUGCCUCCUCUGAUGAUAAAUACCAAUCUCGUCUUUUCUCCUCUGGUGGAUAUAACUGGAGAUUGAUUGUGUAUCCAAAAGGAAACAAAAAGGACAAUGGGAGUGGAUUUAUCUCAAUGUACGUGGAAAUAGACAGCAAAAGCUUGAUGAUAUUCACACCACCAACUGAAGUAUUUGCGGAGCUCCGUUUCUUUGUCUACAACAAGAAAGAAAACAAAUACUUCACUAUUCAAGAUGUAGAAGUAAAGCGGUUCAAUGCACUUAAAACGGUGUGGGGAUUGCAACAAGUUAUAUCAUCUGAGACAUUCACUAACCCUGAAAACGGUUACGUAUUUGAGGGAGAUCAGUGUGAGUUUGGUGUUGAUGUCAUCGUUGCUCCACCACUUACCAAUUGGGAAAUACUCUCUUUUGAUGAGAAGCUCCUGAAUCCCAAGUUCUCUUGGAAUGUUAAGAAUUUUUCUACGUUGAAAAAGCAUUUGUACAAAUCAGGGAGUUUUUCAAUGGGAGGAAGGAAAUGGAUUAUACAGCUGUAUCCAAAGGGCGAUUCUAGAGCAGCCGGCAAAUGGUUAUCGGUUUUUCUGUGUUUAGCUGAUACUGAUGGUGAUAAACCGAAAGCAGAUGAGAAGAUUUUCAUGCAAGGACAUGUUCGAGUUUUGGACCCACUUGGAUCCAAUCACGUUUCACGCACAUUGAGCGCCUGGUACGAGGAAUCAAGCACGAGUUGGGGUUGGGCUCGGACUUUGCCUUUAACUGAACUUCGGAAGGUUUACUUGGACAAGGAAGACACGUUGAGUGUUGAGAUCGAAUUCAAAGUUGUCUCUUCGACCAAAUACUCUCCCGUUAUUUAG